GCAAACGUAUCCAUCGGGACACGACUAAUUUUCGUUUUCCAUAUGGUCGGUAGUUUUAUCCAUAUAAUUAUCUUCACCUACAGUUGCCAUUGCUUAAUAGAGGAAAGUGUGAACAUUAGCUUGGCAACGUAUUCAGGCUGGUGGACAAUGCUGCCGAUGACCAAGACUGGUAGAAUGAUACGAAAAGAUAUGAAUAUAAUGAUGAUGAAGUCGAUACGACCGUGUUACUUAUCCGCCGCUGGAUUCUUCCCUGUGUCUUUGGAAACAUCUACUGCGGUACGUGAUAUAUUUAUUACUCCACGUCCUAUUUUAUUCAUUAUAUACCAUUUUUAUAGUAAAUAACACCACGAUAAAUACCAUUUUAAUAAUAAGCAAUGAAUAA